AAUUGGAGGUGUGGCUAAUGGAGUUAAGGUGUAGGGAUUUAUUGUGCCUACUGAUAGUAACAAUGAACUCUCUAUGGAGCAUACUACCCCAUCUUUACAUGCUGUUCGACUAUCAGCCAGUAAGAACUAACAGGAAUACGUCAUACUACGUUCAAAUGACGUCUAUAGUUCACAAGUCUUUUCCAGAGUCUGAGAGAUUAAGAAUGAUCAACGAAACUCGUGCAAUGUUUUAUCACGGGUACAAUAAUUACAUGAGACACGCCUUCCCUCACGAUGAACUGGAUCCGAUACAUUGUAGUGGGCGUGGCCACGACUGGAAUGACCCUUCUAAUAUCAACAUUAACGAUGCUUUGGGUGAUUAUUCCCUUACUCUAAUUGAUGCCCUCAGCACUCUAGUGGUAAUGGGUGAUUCCGAGCGGUUCAUGGAAGCUGUUGAAUACAUAUCCCAUAACAUAACCUUUGACCAUUGCCCCACUGUACAAGUAUUUGAAGCUAACAUAAGAGUAAUUGGUUCGCUAUUAUCGUCUCACCUAAUAAUCACUGAGGCUGAUAAGAGAUUAGGAGAUUUCAGACCACUCCAUUACAGUGAUGAGUUACUGCAUGUAGCUCAUGAUCUUGCGGAGAGACUUCUACCAGCUUUUGAAAACACUGCAACUGGGCUACCACACCCACGAGUUAAUUUGUGUCAUGGAGUCCCUUCCGGUGGCGUACCAGAAACAUGUACAGCUGGCGCUGGCUCUUUGAUAUUAGAGUUUUCAAUAUUGAGCAGGCUUGUCGGUGAUCCCAUCUACGAGAACCUUGCUAGGAGAGCAGUGAGAACUCUCUGGGACCUUAGACACCCUCGGACCGGUCUAGUGGGUAAUGUCGUUAAUAUUCAUAGUGGCGAUUGGAUUGGGCCUAUGAGUGGGAUUGGUGCUGGAGUUGAUUCAUUUUACGAAUAUUUAUUAAAAUCGUUUAUAUUGUUUGGCGAAAGAGAAGACUUGGAAAUGUUUACUGAAUUUUACAAAAAUAUAAUGAAAUACAUGAGAAAAGGAUGCUGCAGUUGUUUAGAUAUUAUUAUUAACGAUAAGUGGCUCCAGAGUCCACUGUAUGUUAAUGUAAACUAUAAUUCCGGUAAAUUGUAUAACUUCUGGUUUGACUCUCUCUCAGCAUCUUUUGCUGGACUGCAAGUAUUAGCAGGUGACCUAGAUGAAGCAAUAUGUACACACGCAUUAUAUUAUACAUUAUGGAGGAAGUAUGAGUCACUCCCAGAGAGAUACGAUUGGAAAGCAAAGUCUCCAUCUGUAUCAUUCUACCCACUCAGACCAGAACUAGCAGAAUCAACCUACUUACUGUAUCAAGCUACCCAUAAUCCAUUCUAUUUACAUGUUGGCACUGAUAUCCUGAACAGCAUUAACAAGCACAUGAAAGCCAAAUGUGGUUAUGCUACUCUUCAUGAUGUCAUUACUAAAGAGAAGGAAGACAGAAUGGAGAGUUUCUUUCUUAGUGAAAUGUGCAAAUAUUUAUAUCUGUUAUUUGAUACAGAUCAUGUCAUCAACAAGCAUUCAGCAAAUUAUUUAUUUACAACGGAAGGUCAUGUGAUUCCAAUCAGUUCCACCCUACACAGGAAACAGUGGGAGGAAGAAAGUGGGCAUGGUCAGUGUCGGAAUUAUUAUAGAGGGCGGAGCAUGUCACGUAUUAAUGAAACAAUGCUGUCAACAUCAUGUAAUGUAUACAGUAACAUUAGGAGACAUUCACUACCUUUAGUUAAAGAACAUUUCACAGAACUUGAAAACUUUAUUGGAUUACACGAUCAUAGAUAGUAACAAUAAUAAUAAUAAUAACAAUCACACCAAAUUUUUGUAUUUAAAAUAUCGCAUAUGAUUUAUGAUAAUAAUGAACUGUUUUCUUUACAAGAAAGGAAAUAUCUAUUAUUCUAUUUUCUUCACAGGAAAGGAAAUAUCUAUAUUUGGUCGAAACAAUGUGUCAUAUGUCACUACCCACAGUAUCCUUUUACAUACUUCCCUUAUCAUUCUAUCAUGAUAUUCAUGAGACUUCUAAUCCCAAGCCUGUAAUGAAUACACAUGCACUUAGUGACUACACCACAGGCAUCUCAUGACUCAUUAGCACUUGGCAAUGGCACAAAUAUCUCUCUGCCAAAUAAGGUGUCAGUGUGAAGGAGUAACAUACAACAUCUUUACAAAGAAGC